UUAUGGCCAGCCUUAGCUACAUUGUUUAUGUGUUGGUAAGCCUUUUGAACCCAAUUAGCUACCUUCUUUAUGGUCAUGAUCAAUUCAACUAUAAACCUGCACACGAUAAUGAGGUACAAAAGAAGGCCUUGUUUGUGUUUGGAGACUCGCUGUUUGAUCCUGGCAACGAUCAAUACCUCCCUAAUGUUACCGUAGAAGAUUACCCAGCAACAACCUGGCCAUAUGGAGAAACCUUCUUUCACCAUCCCAACGGAAGACUUUCAGAUGGCCGUAUAGUCCCGGACUUCAUCGCUAAUUUUGCGAACUUGCGUAUGCUUCCACCCUACCUGCAACCAGAUCCAAAAGAUUUUACUGAUGGAGCCAGCUUUGCUUCAGCUGGAGCUGGAGUUCUAGUUGAAACUGAUCCAGGAACUAUAAACCUUCCAUUGCAGUUAAGCUAUUUUAAGAACGUGACGGAGUUGCUGCAAGAGCAACUGGGUGAUGAAGAAGCCAAGAAGUUGCUGGGGAGCGCUGUGUACUUGAUUAGCAUGGGAGGCAAUGAUUAUUUUACCUUCUACGCCAAAUACCAAGAAAAUGCCACCGAGUCCGUCCAGCAGGAAUACAUAGAAAUUGUGAUCGGCAACUUGACCACUGCGCUCCAAGGAAUAUACGACUUAGGGGGAAGGAAAAUCGCAUUUCAAAAUGCCGGACCUCUUGGGUGCUUACCUCACGCAAAACAAUCAUACGAUUCCCACCUUGUUCGUGGGUGCGUUGAAGGGCUCCAGAGUCUAGCGAGGCAGCACAACAAAGCUCUAGCUAGUGUCCUUAAAGAGCUAGAGAGCCAGCUACCGGGAUUCAAAUAUUCAAUAUUUGAGUACUAUGAUGCACUUGGCGACCGAGUACUUAACCCCGCUAAAUACGGUAGGUUUGCUAAGCACUAUGUAAAAUGAUCGCUGAAAAUUUUCGAUGAUCCAUUCUGAUUAGUUAUGGUGUAUUAUGAAGGCUUUACUGAUGGGACAGAUGCGUGUUGCGGUAGAGGGGCAUACAGAGGUUCUGAUUGCGGUGGGCUUAAUGGAACAGUACCAUAUGAGUUAUGCAGUAACCCUGGUGACAGUGUGUGGUUUGAUGGUGGUCAUACAUCUGAAAGAGCAAACCGGCAGUUAGCUCAGCUGAUAUGGAGUGGAACACCAAAUGUGACGGGGCCUUAUAAUGUCAAACAGCUUUUUGAACAAGAAUGAUUCUGAGGGCCGGUUUACAAAUUUGAGAUUCCUUUGAUUAUUUUCUGAUUAUUGAAAUAAUUUAAGCUAGCGAGGUAGUUGUAGGAGAUAAUAGAUAAUAGCAAAUUAUUAAUGGUCCCAGAUCAGUGCUAA